UACCUCAGUCGAGGUAUUUCCCUGGUCUUCGCCUCGUUCAGCACAUCGGCGACAUCAAUCUUCAGCAACUUCUUGCUAACGCCGAUCAGUGUCUUCGGAGAUAAGUCGUUGACCAUGCGAAAUGAUCGUUGUCCAUUCUGCCCACUCGGACUCAAAGGUGCCACUGCUUCAAUACCCCACCGAGUUGAACCUUCAAGGACGCAUGACUCUUCCAGCCAGUCUUGCUCCUCUUUCGGAAGACGCAGAAAUUCGUCUGCUUUCCGUUUCUGUUCGUCAACAUUCGAAUCCUGCUCCCAACAGGGUACCAUCACUUGGAAUGCUCGUUUUCCAUCUCCUUGCAUUUCCUUCACAAGUAACACCAACUGAUUUUGGAGAUUAUGCUGGGCGCUCGAUACCAGCAAAACUCGUCCACACUUGAGGCGUUUAUCCAUGGUUAAUUCAGAAGCUAAUCGCUGCCAUAGCUCGGACUUCCUCUCGAUGAAAUUCACUAGUACGUCGUGGUACUGUCUGAGUGGACUAACUUUUGCCUCCCCUGGGUCACACAUCUGACACUCGAUCUUAGGCAAUGCAGAUAACUCUUUCUGAGCCUUUUCAAGGUUGCUUUUCCUUUUCGGUCCUUCUCGAAGCGAUGCACUUUCUACGAACGAUCUCUGAAGCAUAUCUUCCACCCGUAAAUGCUCAACUCGUAACAAAUUCAACAACAUGGAGUACGUCACACGGAACUGUGAAACAAGUGGAGCUGCUUUUCCCAUCAUAAUCAGCUGCAGUUGGCCUGGUUCGACCAAUUUAGGCUGUUUACAAAGAACGAUGACAGUUCCGGUGGUGUCAAGACCACGUCGACCUGCUCUGCCAGCCAUCUGGAUAUAUUCCGCAGCAUUCAGCGUUCUGAGUUCCAUACCGUCGUGCUUCUGAAUGCUGUCAAAAACGACAGUUCGUGCCGGCAUGUUCACACCCAUCGCGAAGGUCUCGGUCGCAAACAGAAUCUUAACGUAUCCUUUCUGAAAGAGCAAUUCCACGACUUCCUUGAGAAUCGGAAGUAUUCCACUAUGAUGAACGGCAAAUCCGCGCAGGCACAGCUCCUUCAUUAAAUGCACCUGA